AUGUCGAACAAGAAGAACGAGGAUCAGGAUAUGAGCAGAAGAGACGAGAAAUUCAGACCUGCAUCCCAGUACCGGGCUCGCGGCGAUAGCGGCAGCAUGGGUGGGAUCUUAUCACAGCUUGAGAACAGCCCUGGUGCGGCUGUUCUCGCCUACUGCUUCUCUUCGAUCAGUAUGACAGUUGUGAACAAGUAUGUCGUUUCGGGCUCAUCCUGGAAUUUGAACUUCCUUUAUCUAGCUAUCCAGGUAUAUUCGUUAUUUCCAUUUGUACUCCAGAUAUUUUCUAUCAAUAUUCUACGCUAA